CGCCUUGGUUCCGUCCUCGACUCGGCCCGUACCGCGUCCAACGAUUCAGCUCUGGCAGCACAUUCAGCUCAUCCACCAUGGCGUCAGGCGGCAAGAAGUCGUUCGCGGCAGACGGCUCCGCCCACCGAGAGUACAAGUACUCGCAGGAGAUAUCCCAGAUGAUGUUCGUCUUCGGCGAGGUCCAGGAGCCGAACGGAGAGACCGUCAACCUCGUCGAGGACAUCGUCCGCAGCCAACUUAUUGAACUCAUUCUCCAAGCUCGCGCGCUUGCUACUCGCCGAGGGGCGCGGUACCUUUCCGCUGAGGACCUCAUCUUCCUCAUUCGACAUGACCGUGCGAAGGUGAACCGUCUCAGAACGUACCUCUCGUGGAAGGACGUGCGGAAACACGCGAAGGACUCCGGUGGCGACGGGGGCGGUGGUGGUGUCGAAGUGGAGAACCUCGAGGACGGCGCAGAGGACAAACUCGCGGCGAAGGCGCAAAAGAUCACUAUCAAGCUGCCCUGGGAGAUCACGACUAUAUUCUCGGAUGUGCUCCCGACGGACGACGAAGAGGACGAGGACGACAUCGAGGCGCACGAGGCGUCCAUUCAGCGACUUAAAGAGGCAGACGACGCUACGCGCGAGAUGACACGCGAAGAGUACCAGCACUACUCCGACUGUAGACAAGCCUCGUUCACAUACCGCAAAGCGAAGCGCUUCCGCGAGUUCCUCAACCUCCCUCCCGCGCUCGACCUCAAGCAAGGCGACGACACCGUCGACAUCGUCGGCUUCCUCGCCUUCGAGAUGGUGCGCGCGCUCACGAUCGCGGGGCUCGAAGUCAAGAAGUCGCUCGAGGACGCCUACCUGCGCUCUGGCGGCGCGCACCACCCGGGCGCGUCGCCCGUGCUCGGGAAGCGCAAGGCGGCGGCGGGGCUGCUGGGCGCGGACGCGAAGCGCCUGCGGCGCGAGGAGAGCCCGGAGCACGACGCGGCGGACGUGCCGCUCCCGACGAGCACGCUGUUCCUCCCGCCGCCCGAGGCGCGCACGGCGCUGCGCCCGGAGCAUAUCCAGGACGCGUUUGCGCGCAUGCAGGGCGACUGGGCGCAAAGGCGCUCGGCGGGGAUGCGCAAUUGGCGGGGCGGGCUCAUUCGGACGACGGUUAGUCUCAUCUAGGUUGCGGCUUGGGGCCGUGCGGCUUGGUUUGUGGUUUGUUUUCGUGCGCUUUGGAUGUGCUGGCUCGGACGUGUGUCUUGUAUUAUGGGUAUAUUAUAGAUGUUUGUAUCAGUGAGUACGUUUAUACCAAUUGCAUCCUAUCAUU